GAAUCCAAUGGUGUUGCAUAUUUGUUGGCUUCUUAUGCAGUCAAGACAAGGAGAUGUAGUGAGUUUACACUGAGUGGGAUGCCAGUUGAAGGGAAGCUUCUGCUGCUCCAGGACCAGCUUAGUCUACCAAUCAUGAGGAACAAGAAGGCUAUCAUUUUUAGAAGUUUUUUUUCAUAA